AUGGCGACGGCAUCAGUCAAACAGCGGACCGGAUCGAGGGGACAACUACCCCCGUGCUAUUACGAGGGAUAUCUCGAAAAAAGAGGACCGACAGAGAAGGUGUGGCGGAGAUUUUGGACUUGUCUGUGUGGAAACACUCUAUAUUUUUUCAACAAUGCCAAGGACACUGAGUAUGUAGAGAAGCUGGACCUGAGUGGUUUUGUGUCCCUGAGUGACGACUGCAGUCGGGACAGGAACCUGGAGGCAGCCAGGCUGAAUCUACGCAUGAAAGAUGGAGAGAUCAAACUCACUGCUCCUAAUCUGGAGUCUCGUGAGCUGUGGAAAGGCUUUCUCUACUCUGUAGUGGAUCUCUCUGUUCCCAGUUCACUUGCGCUGCUCCCUGGGCAGUUACACAUGCUAAAGGAAGUGGUGGAUAAAGAAAAGAUGAGAAGAAAAACACGUUCCCUCUCCAAAGCUCCUUCUUCUCCUCUCUCCCUCCCUCUGGUGGGGGAAAUACCUGCUUGUUUUCGGCCUGUUUCACGCACUGAGGCAGAGGUCCUACUGGAGAGACAUCCAGACUGUGGGAACAUGCUUCUCAGACCAGGCAGAGAUGGAACAUCUCUGGCAGUCACUACACGCCAAGACCUGAAUGGGUCGGUGUUUAGACACUAUCGGGUAUCUCAAAAGCCGCAGGGUGGCUAUGUCAUUGAUGUGGAAAACCCAAUUCCUUGUGCUACACUCUAUGAUGUCAUCAAUGCUUUGGUAGAGAAGACUGCUGGAACUCUACAGCCCUUUCUACUGGAGGAACCUUAUGAGGAAAACAUCACAUUUGUUACGUCCAAUGAUGAAAACGGGGAAAGGACUCUACACUGCGCUCCCUCAGGCUCUUUUGCUAGAGCACCUGCGCUCCCUCCCAAACAAGCCACAGAGAAGAGUAGUCUGAGAUCCCAGACAAAAUCUCCCAGCCCUUCGCACCGCUCGUUCUCCUCCACAGACACACCAUCAAGUCCAAUGAGACGCCUCGUACUAUGCCCCUCCCCCCUCACACAGACCUUCACAGAAGAGCUUAAAAUGAAGCUGGAGAAGAGACGAACCAGUCAAGAGUGA